AUGUUCACCUUCCACCUUCCCCACAAGGGCACUUUGACGUACAUAUUGCUGAGAGAUGAGUCUAGGGGAGGUUCCGUUCUCUCCCAGCUGCUCAAUACUUCUUACCCAGAAAUCAAGGAUUUGUCUAUUACCGUGUUGGUUCGGAAGCAAGAGCAAGCCAGCCUGCUGAGGCAGAAGGGUGUCGAAGCUAUCGUGUUCGACGGCUUGGAUGACUCAGAGUUUUUAAGGGAAGUAGCUAGCGAGUUUGACUAUGUUAUCCAUACUCCCACUGGCUUCCACACCGCAUCUGCAGUCGCGCUCAUCGAGGGGCUAUCGAAGCGGAGGAGGCAGACCGGAAAUGACGUUCAUUUCAUCCACACAUCUGGGACCUCCAAUCUUGCCGAGAGAACCAUUACCAGGGAGAUAGGAGAGGUUCAUGAGUGGUCCGACAAAGAGAAUGUCUUCGAGUUUGAAGAGCAGAAGGAAGCAGAAGAGGCUUAUGCUCAGCGCACGACGGAUAUUGCUGUCAUCAGAACGGGAGAGCGCACGGGUGUUAAGACGUACAUCAUGAUGCCUCCCACCAUCUAUGGCCGCGGGACGGGCCUUUUCAACCAAGGUUCCAUGCAGAUCCCCAGCAUCAUCCGUGGCGCCUUAAAAGCCGGGGCCCCAGAGUAUGUGGGCGAUGGUACGGCCCGACUGGGUCAUGUCCAUGUAACGGAUCUUGCUCUUUUAUAUGAGCUUGCACUGAGUAAGAUAUUGUCUGGAGAGGAGAUCCCUUUCGGACGGAGAGGUAUCUAUUUCUCCAACACUGGUAGUCACAACUGGCGAGAUCUCGCGGAAUAUGUAGGCAAAGCCGGCGUCGCUCUGGGUGCGUUGAAGUCAGGCGAACCCAGGUCUGUGACAUUGGAAGAGGCUGCUUCAAAAUGGUUGAAGGCAACUCCGCAAGUCGCUGAGAUGAACUACGCAGCAAAGUAA